AUUUCACCUGCAACUCAAACCAACAACGCCAAAGAUUGGCUGUCGUUCAGCGCGUCAGGAUCAUGUGCGCAUUUCGCAUUCAACCCACCCACAGAACAACUUCCAAAUAAGAGAGGACGCUGCGCCAAUACCUUAACAAAUGCUGCUGCUCUACAAGCGUGACUAUGCCCUUGCUUGAAGCACAAAUUUAUUCAUGGCUACACCAACUUGACGACCAGACGUCUGAUGCCGCCGCCGCCGCCGUUGCCUCGAUAAAACCCAUCCCCGAACAGCGCCAAACCUCCCAAAGUCGCAAGCGCCACUGGCCUCUGACCCCGGUCUCGUCUUCCGACAUGGAGGCACCGUCAAAAAGACGACGAGAGGAUCUUGCCUCCUUAUCUACCUCGGCAUCGACCUCCGCUUCGGUCUCAGGCUCCGAAAUGGAUAUCGAAGCGACCCCGCGCCAGCCCAAAACGUUCCGCCCCAACCUCCCUGCCCGAACCUCGUCCCAACGAAGUAACGUCAGCUCGUCACGUUUGUCACCCAAGAAGCAGCUCGCCGACCGGCAGAACAAGCCGUGGCCCAUACUAGUCCGCCAGUACGGCCCGGAUGAGGCUGACCUUCCCUCAUCCCUGCGCCAGCUGUGGAAAGACCUGGCCAGGUACAGCAGGGGAACCAAGGUUAUUGCCAAAUCUGCAGAGGAGGAAAUCACGGCCGCCAAGGCGACGUCGCCGCACCUGGAUACCAUUGAGCCGUGGUACUAUGAUGACACGGCAACUCGAGAUGGACUCGGGGCUUCGCCGCCCGUCACGCAGGUCUUGUCUCUCUUGGCCGAUGCCAAGGUCUGCUCCAACGAGGGCUUCUGCGAGGCGUCCUGGAACAUGACGGUGCACCGGGAGGUCCUCAAACUUGCGGUGCGGCAAUACACUCCAACAUCGGAAGAGGAGGUGUUCUUCAUCCCAUGUCCCACUGCUAAGAUCAUGGACAUGUAUACGGACACGCGAGGCCCUUCCCGCAAAGUUGACUUCUGUAUGCUCAUCGAGCCGCAGGGCCCUGCCGCCGACGCCAUCCGGGCAAUACAAUACCAGGACAACCUUUUCAGCCAGUCUCUGAACCAUACCGACUAUCAGCCAUUGCGCCGGCGGCCUAUAGCGCUGAGUAUCGAAACCAAAGCGCCUGGAGAAGGAAUCAACGACGCCCAGAGCCAACUUCUGGUCUGGCUCGAAGCCCAGUGGCGUGUAUUGGAGCGGCUUUCCAAUCGAGUGGAUCCUUCGGUGCUGCUGCCGGAAUUCCUCCCGGGUGUCAUUGUCGAAGGACACCAAUGGUAUUUAGUAGCGAGCACAAAGAGCAAAACAGAAACGAUUUUGUGGAUGAAGCAGCUCAUAGGUACCACCGAGGAGGCGAUUGGCAUUUACUCCAUUGUCUGCGCGCUGCAAUACCUGGCUCAUUGGAUCCGGACUGUCUACUGGCCUGCUUUCAAGCGGUUUCUGUCCCUUUCCCCAUUGACAUGAGGGAUGUCAAACACAACAGGACCCAUGAUAGGCUCUGCUACCCCGUCCUUGUCGGAGAAGGCUGCGCCAAAGAAGGUUCGACGGCCAUCUCAGCGAGCCGUGUCGGAAAUAAUCCUAGCCUUUUUUCUAGCCGUAAGGCAUGCAUGGAGUUAGUGACCAAUACACAAGACUCUCGAAAAAGGCUGUAAGGUGUCAAACCUGCGAGAACGCUUGUUAUUGUUGUUGUUGUUGUCGUUGUAUUUAAGUAUUUAACGCCAUGGCGGCAAGGGUAGAACCCUUGUCGCAGACCUCCCGAGGGGUAUGUGGCGUGGAGGGCCGCAAACUAGAGCUACAUAUUCUGCAGUAACUUGCCCUUCUUUUCGU